CCCCGGAGCAUGCAUUACGCAUCUCGACUUUGACAGCAUAUGUCAGGAGCGUUGACUUAACCUGCUCGUGGAAUCAUGUGCAUCGCCCAAGCAAGGAUCAAGGGUCGUCCGAAAUCGAUAGGCCAUUGAGACAAGCUCUGCUGAUUCCGCGGGCCGCCGAUAGCCGACACCCACUUCACUCGAUUUUCGAAGACCUUGUUUCCGCACAGCCAGGAGAGAUGCAGUCAGAGGCACCAAAACCAACUCAGGAGCAGCUGAUAGAAGCACGACCUUAUCUAGCAUCCAUUGAUCGGACGAUCAGGGAUGGCUUCCCAAGAUACGAGUUAUCCUCCUUCUUCGCGAUCCCAGGAGCACUCAAGGCGUUCUCGAACGAUAUUAUAAGCUAUUUCACAGGCGAUAUAGGAACAUUAGACGGAUGGGUCGGUUUGGAUGCGUUGGGCUUCAUAGUCGCUGGAUCGCUGGCUGGAAUCACAGGCAAGAGCAUGAUUCCAGCGAGGAAAGGAGGGAAAUUGGCUUUGCCCCCAGACGAGAUUUUGCGAACCGGACCUGUCAAUGAUUACCUCGACGCGUACGCGGAGAGAGCCGGCGCGACCAAGUCGGUGAAGACCCUCGAGUUCAGACGGGACCUCAUCAAGCCCGGCGCCAGACUGAUAGUAGUGGACGAAUGGAUAGAUAUUGGAGGCCAGAUGACAUCUGUAGUCGACCUGUUAGAGUCGCAUGGCGUCGUGAUUGUAGGUAUAGCAACACUGCAUAUCGAUCUCGAACAAGAACGAACCCCAAAACUGUGGCGAGAGCGUAAAGUCUUCGCAGCCGAUUCUUCUCCUUUGUAGCUUCAUGCGUGGCUUUCAUACGUUCCUAUCAUUGUGAAAGCUGCCGCAUGAGAGAGGCUCAUGCAUGCAUAGACGCGUCAUGCCGCGACUCCGGACUACGUUCCCA